GGCCGGGGAGCGAGGGGAUGGAGGGGACGCUGGUGUCUGACUGGGGGUGGUGGGUCAGAGUGGAGGCGGUGCCCUGUACCCGUCCCGUCCCGUCCCGUCCCUCCCGGGCGGCUUUCGGUUUCACUCUCAGUGCAGACGGCGGCGAGGGAAGGGGAUGCAACCAGCUACGAGGGGGAUGCAACCAGCUACGAGGGGGAUGCAGACAUCGGCGAGGAGGAUGCAGACGACGGCGCGACCACCCGGCGCCCCCACCAUACCAGUCAGCACCGGAACGACGAUCAUCGCAGUGGAGUUCGAUGGAGGGGUCGUCAUUGCCUCCGACUCGCGAGUCACUGCCGGGCAGUCAAUAGGCAACCGGGUGAUGAACAAGCUGUGUCCGCUCCAUGACCGCAUCAUGUGCGCUCUGUCGGGCAGCGCUGCAGAUGCACAGGCCAUCGCUGACAUAGUCAGCUACCAGCUGGAGCUGCACAGUGUGGAGAUGGAGCAGGCACCGCGGGUGCGGGCUGCGGCUGCAAUGGUGCAGAACAUUACUUACAAGUACAAGGAGGAGCUGCUGGCACAUCUCAUUGUGGCCGGCUGGGACCGCCGACUCCGGGGACAGGUGUACGUCACGCUGGGUGGGAUGCUGGUCCGACAGCCGUUCGCAGUGGGGGGCUCGGGCAGUGUGUACAUCUACGGCUAUGUGGACUCUGCCUUCAAACCGGGCAUGAGCAGGGCUGAGUGUAUCAAGUUCGUGAUCAACGCGGUCACGUUGGCCAUGGGUCGGGACGGAUCGAGCGGGGGGGUGGUACAUCUCGCUAUCAUCACUGACUCGGGCACCGAGUACACCAUCAUCUUGCCCCACGACCUGCCGCAGUUCCACUGUGAGUGAGGCGCGGUGACGCCUGACCUCAUACUGACCUGUAGAUCCACCGUCUGCCCGCCUGUCCGUGCCCGCAACGUGCUGGAAUAAACCUGUAGAUCCAGCGUCCGACAGGCACUGGCUGAGCCGCUGCAGUUUAUAUAUUUCUAUAAUAAACACUGUCUAAUUCACUCAG